AUGAAGUUCUCAACGACUCAACUUCUUGCUGCUCUUGGCUUUGCGAGCUAUGCAGCAGCCGAUUUCCACAUCCUGACAGGACCAUGCUCUAUCGCCCCUGGCUGGGGUGGCAGUCUUGAAGACUACGCCGUUGCUUGUCCUUCCAACUACUACAACUGCAAAUGCAUGAUGGAUGGAGAUCGUACCGGCCAUGUCAUUAAUGGCGAAACGCCAAAAUACGGCAUUCACGAUACUGGAUCCAAUUAUUUCGAACUUGACGGCAUGUGCGGCGUGGGAAACAUGAACUUUUAUCUGCAGGGCGAUGGUACAUGGUUGUUCUACAUUGCUGGAGGAGACGGCUCCGUGCAAGGCCAGUGCUGGCCUGGCGAUAACAGCAUCAAGGACUGCAAUGAAUUCAGCGCUGCCUGCAGUUUGAGCAACAUCUUGGUGUGCUAUUCAUACAUUUGCGAACCAUGAAAGGGAUGAAGGAAAUACACGUGGCAUAAGGUCAAUGUGGAUCUCAUGAGCUGUUUUGGAUAUUUGCAAGUGCUCACGAUGGAAAAUGAGCGUGGGAAGGAACAAGCUGGAAUAUAGUUUGAUUGGUCGGAUACGU